AUGAUGGACGGUUAUAACGCAACGGGACGCAAGAUAUCACUACUCAACGACAGUGGUGACGUAGCCGCUGUGCCUACCAAAGUCCAGCUUCCACAGCUGACAGCACACUCGCGAACAACAUCGUGCACCUCGACGCCAUCGCUUUCUCCGCAAACGCCACAGCUGUCGCGCUCGGAUUCCAGCGACUCGCGCGCCUUUUCGACUCCGUCUCCGCUGACACCCAACUUUGAGGAAAGCUUCGGUCAGGCGACGCGCGCACUCCCUCCAAAACACCAACAGCAGCACCACCAGCAAUACUACCUAACCAACAACCACUACGCCAAAAUGGACGACCAGAACCCGUCCAUGUACCCGCCAAUCCCAGAUCCGACAGUUGCGAUGCCCACAGCGUACCCGAUGCCCGCGCAUCUGGCACAACAACCACUGCCACAGCAGCAAGCGCCGCAACAUGCAGUCUACCGCGGCUCCAAUUCACCAUCCUCUGAGCCAUCGCGCGUGUCCACCGUGUCGCAGCAGUCGAACAGCAAGAACCAGCCGAAGAAGAACCAGUACCCGUGUCCAAUGGCGAAGCAAGUGGGGUGCACCGACUUCUUUACGACAUCAGGCCACGCAGCACGACACGCGAAGAAGCACACUGGUAAGAAGGACGCUUUCUGUCCUGAAUGCAACAAGGCAUUCACGAGGAAGGACAACAUGGAGCAGCACCGACGAACGCAUCAGAACGGCCGCGGAUCAUCUCGGACGGCCGACGACUCGAAGGUGAAGAAGCCCGCGAAGCCUGCCAAGAAGACUGCUGCGAAGGUUGAGCCACAGCUUGAGGCGGCUGUAGAGCAGCAACUAGCAGAUCAAGCACAAGCCGCUCAGGUGCAAUCUGUCGCACAGGCGGUGCAAGCCCAACAAGUCCAGCAACAGCAGCAGCAAGCAGCAGAGGCCGCCAUGCUGGGAGGCCUGCCUCAAAGCGGGCCAUACUUCCUCAACACCAUGGAUCCAGGCCCAGUGCCAGCACUCCCAAUGGCAAUGCCAGAGCUCAACGCGAUCCGACCACAACUCCAUCGAUCCAGCUUCGCAAAUUCGCUCGAAUUUGUUCCACCAGCUGCACCAAUGAUGGAUCCCGACACACUCCACUACAGCUACCCGUCACCAGGCCUGUCUAACGGACUGAAUAGCCUGGCGUUGGCAGCGAGCGAACACAGCCGUCGGAUGUCGGACAAGUCACAAUCGUCCCGAAGUCCUUCAUCAGAAUCGCCGCAACACGAAACUCCAUGA